AUGGCUCUUUCCAGUAUCCUGACGGAAGCUGAAAUUGCUGCUGGUCUACAGAGCUGUCAAGCUGCUGAUUCAUUUGAUUACAAAACCUUUUUUGUCAAAGUGGGUCUCAACUCCAAGUCCAAAGACCAAGUUGCCAAAGUCUUCGGAAUUCUAGACCAGGACAGGAGUGGCUUUAUUGAGGAAGAGGAACUGAAACUUUUCCUGAAGAAUUUCUCAGCCAGUGCCAGAGCUUUGACUGAUGCUGAGACCAAGGCAUUCCUGGCAGCAGGGGACAGCGAUGGAGAUGGCAAAAUUGGAGUGGAUGAGUUUCAAGCACUGGUCAAAUCGUAA